AUGGGGAAGGUCAUCAAGAAGGUCAUCCCGGACAAGUAUCUGGACGACCGCACCAUCUUGGUAGAUGGUGACCACCUCAACCCGUCGGGCCGCUUCGUCAUCGGCGGCUCGGAUGGCGAUGCCGGCCUCACCGGACGCAAGAUCAGCAUCGAAACGUACGGCGGCUGGGGCGCCCACGGCGGCGGCGCCUUCUUCGGAAAGCACCCCACCAAGGUCGACCGCUCCGCCGCCUACGCAGGCCGCUGGAUCGCCAAGUCGGUCGUUGCCGCAGGCUUCGCCGACCGCUGCCUUGUCCAAGUCUCGUACAGCAUCAGUAUCGCCGAGCCGUUCUCCCUCUUUAUUGAUACCUACGGCACGGGCUCCAAAUCCGACGCCGAGAUCAUUGACAUCGUCAAGGCCAACUUUGAUCUCCGCCCGGGGCACAUCAUCCGCGAGCUCAACCUGCUCCGCCCCACCUACUCGAAGACCGCCGCCUACGGACACUUUGGACGGGAUGAACCCGACUUGACCUGGGAGAAGCCCAAGACACUCAAGUUUUAG